UAAAAUAAAAAGAGAAGAAAAAAGAAACAGAGGGGGAGAGAGAGAGCCACCACGCUCGCUCACUGCGAUCUUUCUAUUUCCGAUUUCUCUCAAUCUUCAAUUUUUUUUUUCUUAAAAAAAAACAAAAAUCUCACUCUUUCUCACAUUAUCAGAAUAAUCGAAACCCUAAUUUCUCUCCACUUAUCAAUUUUUUUUAUCAAUCCAAUUCCUUUUUUGCCCCUUUUCAAUCGAUCAGCUACAAAAGUUUGAUCACUAACAGCAACAGACAAACCCUAACUGCCUGUUUUUUAGUAAUUUAAUUUAUGGCAACCUUAACUAAUUCUAACCCAAACAGCAUCGCCGCCGCCGAUCACUCUCCACGUCACACAAUCGCCGCCGAUAACAUCAGUAGCAGCAGUAAUCCGGUGAGCAGUCCACAAUCGCGACGGGCAGCCGGGAAGCAGGUUUCUCCACCGUGGGCACGAAUCGUGCGCGGUGCUGAAUCGGAAUUUUCUUCUACUGCUUCAACGGUGGCGGAGCAAGCGGCUGCGGUUUUAUUGGUGGAGGAAGAGAGUGUGGAGAGUGAGAAUAAUGCGAGUAAGAGACCGGUGUGGAACAAGCCAUUGACAGCUAGUAAUGGUCCUGUGGAGAUUGGGAAUGUUAUGGGGGCUGAUUCUUGGCCUGCUUUAUCUGAGUCAGCUGCUAGGGCUUCUUCUUCGACAAAAUCAUCUUCUGAUUCUUUGAAGGGCUCAUUAUCCGAUGGAUCAUCAUCUUCCGUCUCUGUUUCACAGGGAAUUGGAACUGCAUCCUCAUCUUCACAGAAACAAGUAGUCAAUAGUGCAAACACUAAUUCAACUUCAAACCAUAUAGUGCCAGGACGCCAAAGGUCAAUGAAGCGUGGUGGUGCUAACACAACUUCUAAUGGUGGUGCUCCUCAGUCACCAGGAUCACAGGGCGCGACAGGUGAAGGACAUUCAAAUAACUCUUCUUCUGGGGACCACGGGCAAAGGAAUUCCCAAUCCCGUAGCUUUAAUGAUCAUCCACACCAACAACGCAAUUCAUUCAGGAACCGUAAUGGUGGGCCACAUUCUCGAGGAGAUGGUUCUCAUCAUCAUAGUUAUGGUGGCAGGAGAAAUGAUCAAGAUCGUUCAAAUCAAGAUUGGAAUGCUCAUCGAAAUUUUAAUCGGGAUGGUGGCCAUGUGCAGCCAUCACCAGGAGUUUCCCCAAGGCUUAUGAGGCCUCCACCACCACCUCCACCACCACCUGCAGCUGCUACUACUUUUGUUGCACCCCCACCAGUCCGGCCUUUCAGCCCCAUGGGGUUCCCUGAUAUGCGAUCGCCGCUGUAUUAUGUUGCCCCGCAUCCAGAUUCUAUGAGAGGUGUGCCUAUUAUUGCGGCACCAAUACCGCCUCAUGCUGUUUUUUUCCAUUCCGAUCCCCAGUUGCAUAAUAAGAUAUUGCGUCAGAUAGAUUAUUAUUUCAGUAAUGAAAAUUUAAUUAAAGAUAUAUACUUGCGGAAGAACAUGGAUGAUCAAGGCUGGGUGCCUAUUAAACUGAUAGCAAGCUUCAACAAAGUUUUGCUUUUGACUGACAAUAUCCAACUUAUACUGGAUGCUAUAAGAAAUUCAAGUGUCGUCGAAGUACAGGGCGAGAAGGUGAGGAAGCGAAAUGAUUGGAUGAGGUGGAUCAUGACAACUCCUAUUCAGUUUCCUAAUGUUUCCAGCCCUCAGUCUGGUGAGAAGUCCGGCCAUGACAUGCUGGCAGCCAAUGUCCAAGGCAUCUCUCUGGAGGAGAUGACUGCUGGCCAUAGCAAUGUGAGGAGUCAAGCAGAUGUUCGUACUGAAGCUUUUCUUGGUAGAUCAUUGUCUGGGGAUUUUAAUAGCCAGUCACAGCUGUCUAGCAGCAAGGGAAUAGAUGAAAACAGAUUUCAAGGAGAUUUGGAUCUCCCCACUUCAUCAAGAAAUUCAAGUAAGUAAAAUGUGUGCUGCGCAUUUUACGAAAUACUGGAGGAAAGUGGGGACUGAGGGUUUUGAUUAAACUGGUGGAUGUCUUGGAUUUUGUUGAAGGUAGUGGGUCUUGCAUUGGCACAGUGAAACAUGGUUUCCUGUCCAGCUAAAAGGAAGUGAGUUGGUGAUAAAGGAGGGGAAAAAAAAAACUUUUUAAAGAUAACAAUAACUUGAAGGGAGAAAUCAAAAGGAAAAAAAAAGGAAAAAGAAAAAGAAAAAAAAGAGAACCUUCAUGACUUUGAGCUAGUAGCAUGAGUUUGUUGGGAUAUAUGUAUGUUCUUAUGGGAGUGUUCCUUUUUAUCCCAUAAUUAUUUGUGGUGGCAUGACGUUGCUGUUCUUAAGAGGGGGGGUUUUGGUUUUACUUCCCCUUGCUGCCCCUCAGCUACUUUUUUAAAAUCUUUGGGGUUAGAUUACCUCCAGACUUCAGGAGGAAACAUGAUUUUUUGACUUGUGGCAGUAAGUAUAUGCUCUAUCUGUGUCUGCAUAUCGUGAGGGGGGAGUGAAGGGUGACUUUUGCAGGAUGCUAAGCUCAUGCUACGCCGUCUACUAUUGCUCUGUUUUUGGUUACGGGAUGUCCUUUUUAUUAUUAUUAUUAUUAUUAUUAUUAUUCUCGUCGCAUAUUAUUAUAAUUAGAGUUGGCAUUAAUAUGUAUACCCUUUUCUUCAAACCUUUUGAAGAUUUCACCGCAUAAAUUGGUCCUCUUGAGUGAGAAGCCAUUGAAAUAUCCAGUGGUGGAUUGGACGUGGUUGGCAUUACAUGUUCAUUUAAGACUGAGAUUGUGGAAUCUGAGAUGUUCUGGUUUUCUGAUUAAACCCAUUUUUAUUA